GCCGCCGCCGCCUAUGAUGUGGCGGCUCUCGCCCUCAAGGGCAACGAGGCUGUCUUAAACUUCCCAGAAUCUGCCACGUCGUACCCUGUCCCGGGCUCCACCUCAGCGGCGGAUAUAAGGCUCGCGGCCUCCACUGCGGCUGCGGCGGCGAAGGAGAAGGAGAAGAGGAACUGUGGGUUAGGUUCUUCGGCGACGCGUGAAAUUUACGGAGGCAGUGACGUGGCAGUGGGUCCGGCGGAGUUUGUGGAUGAAGAAGCGAUCUUGAACAUGCCCAGUUUGCUUGCUGACAUGGCGGAGGGGAUGCUGGUUUCACCGCCGUGGAUGGGGUCUCCGCCGUCGGAUGACUCGCCGGAGAAUUCGGACGGUGGAGACCGCUUGUGGAGCUAUUGAUCAGUUCGUAUCAUGCUGUCUAUACAUAUAUAUAUAUAUAUAUGUAUGUAUAUGCGAUCAUGCAUCUUUCUGUUUGAUGAGAUAUCAAUUACAUAUAUCUUAUACCAAAUAAUCGCAUUAUAUAUACACACGUAAGAAUAAAGUCUGGAAAGUCUGUGCUUGGAGACCUAAGAAUCUGACCAUGUAUAAAUCUGGAAUUGCAUGUCGAUUUCUGAAUGUUGGGGUGUUUUGGAUUUUGGAUUAGGGUUAGGCUUGUACUUUAU